AUGCAGUACUCUUCGGUCAUUCUCGUUGCUGCUUUCACAGUCACUAGUGUCUUUACCCAUGGAGUCGUUGAUUCAGUCGUUGGCGCUAAUGACGUUACUAUGCCGGGUCUCUCAGUUGCCGACGGCACGCCGCGUGAUUGCGCCAGUCCUCGCUGCGGAUCUGAGGCUGAUACUUCUAUCAUCCGUAAACGUGAGAUGGGCACCAACAAGGCCACUGCACUUGGUCGCACUCAGGGCGGUGGUCCCGUCGACGCCAGCAAGAUGAUGGCCAUGUUCAUGGGAGGCGGCGGCAAUGCUACGGCGACAAAGGAAGCACGGGAAGUUCACGCAGCCAACGUCCUUCGUCGAAGUCUUGGAGAGCGUGCAGCCAACGGAGGAACCAAGACCCCUAAGGGCACCUUGGAGACUGGUGUCAAGGCUGCAGCUGGAGCUGGAGCAUCCAGCGGCAUGCCGACUUGCUCGGACGACGGCAAGGUCAAGAUGACCUACCACCAAAUCAACCAAGACGGAGCCGGGCCAUUAACGGCCAUGGUUGACGCCACUUCGGGUGGAACUGACCCAGCGGCAUUCAAAUCGGCCGAAGUAACACAAAAUGUGCCGGGAAUCGGUAUUGGAGGACUGUCAGCCGCGGCCGUGAUGGACUUUCCGGUAGAAGUACAGAUGCCAGCGGGAAUGACAUGCUCUGGAACAGUAGGCGACGCUCAGAACGUAUGCAUUGUUCGCAUGCAAAAUGCAGCAGCAGCAGGCCCAUUUGGAGGAUCGGUAGCAGUGACACAGAGCCCAGCUGCCAAGAAACGUGCUAUUGAGUUCAAUUUAUCCAAGCGUCACUUUGCCCGAGUUCUAGCCAAGAGAAACGCAGAGGAUGACGCAGCAGCAGCAGCAGCCAUCGCAGAGCUCGAAAAAAUGGGAUCUACAACAAAAGAUGCCGAAGCCGAAAUCGAGCCAGUUGUCCCUUCGGCUCUGAACCAGAGGAGUGCCGAGGAAGAGGCAGCGGCAGCAAUUUCUGAGCUUCAGAAUGUUGGAUCUGCAACUACUGCAGACGCAGAACUUGCAAUCGAGGAUCAGGCAUAG